AUGGUUUUACCAUUAAAGAGUGAGAUGAAAAAGCCUGAGUUGUUCCAAAAGCCACUCGGUGUUCUCAAUGUGGGUAUGGUGAUAGUGGCUAGCAUAUUCCUGACGGUUGGCUUUCUCGGGUACUUGAAGUGGGGUGAAGAUGUCGCUGGCAGUCUUACUCUAAAUUUGAAGCCUGGACACGCUCUAAGCACAACCGUGCAAGUGUUGAUCACAAUCGCUAUCCUACUGACGUACCCGCUACAGUUCUAUGUGCCAAUUGCUAUUUCUUGGCCCGCGUUGCGGAAGAAGUAUGGGAAGAAGUACCCCACGAUUAAGGAGCUGGGCUACCGUGCUGUGCUUGUUUUGAUUACUUUUGCGUUAGCCGAGUCGAUUCCUCAGCUGGGUCUCUUUAUAUCUCUAGUAGGAGCUAUCAGCAGUACUGCCCUUGCUCUCAUAUUUCCUCCCAUCAUACAACUCGUCUCUACAUAUCAGAACACAAACACUGUGCCAUCGAUGAUGGUGGUGAAGAAUAUGGUGAUCAUCAUCUUGGGUAUGUUCAUCUUUAUCACUGGCACUUAUCAAAGCUUAGCAGCUAUCAUUCAAGCGUUU